AACUCAGCGACCGCUGGGACGAGCAGCGCCAUCGUCUGUUUCCCUUUUGGACCAGUUUAUUUUAUUGUCUACAAAAAUAAAAUAAUUCACUUGUUGCCAACAUUUUGGAGGUAAUAUUGUUUAACAGGUUUGCCAGACAAACUUUAACUGUAAGAAUAUUGUCAGAUUACCAAGUUGCACAGCUUUGCUUCUGCAGCCGAGUGAAGUCUUAAAGUGAAAACGAAAUAAUGUGGCUUCCAUUAAAUGAGCAAUGAAUUAGUUUGCAUGAUAUUAUAUUUAUUGAUAUGUUUGCAGAGCAUGUCAGUCAACAUAAGACUGAAAAGACUUAAAAUGAUCGUCAUGCUGGGUGGUAGUACAAAUUCUAACUGUUUAGUACAGUCUCCUUUUGAAGUGGGGUGUAUUUUAGUGACCUUUUAAUGUAUUCUUCAAUAUUCCUUCUUACCAUUAUGAUUUGAAGAGCUCUUAGAGAACUAGAGACAUUUUCAUAUCUGUUUAUUUACGUUUGUCGCGUUUUGAUCAGGAAACGACAAAGCCACCUAAUUUUUUCACAAACAUCUGCGUUGAGGACCCCGUUUGACUGUCACUAGUUAAUCUUAAUGCGGCUCGUUCUGUUUUUAAAUUUAAUUUCCCUUCGUCAACAGCUUGCUAACUGUUUCCCAGUAGAGAGCACACGGACAUAUACUGUAGAUAUGGCUCAUAAUCUGUUGGUGGUAUCCGACAGUAAUGUAGGAACGUUUAUUAUUAUAAUUUCGGCUUGUCAGUUUGGAUAUCACCACCACCAACAUUAGCUGUUAACUUUAUAUCAUUUAGAUGAGAUUUUAUUACAGUACAACUUAUCGACAUUACUUGAUAUUCCUUUCUAUUUGGACACAUAAACACCACAAGCAACACCAUCAGCAGCCUCAGUCCCAGCCGCGACCCGUCCACAUUAUUCCGUCUCAGUCAGCGCAGCCGACCUCGCUGCCCAAGCCCGUGCCUUCUGUCCAGCCCGCGUCUCGGCCCGCUCUGCCGCCUCACACCCCCCACGCCGCCGGCCUGCCCAGCUGCCCCGGCCGGGGCAAGAUGGCCAAGUUCCUCAACGCAGACGAGAUGACGUCACGCGACUACUACUUUGACUCGUACGCCCACUUUGGGAUUCACGAGGAAAUGCUGAAGGAUGAGGUGAGGACGCUCACCUACAGGAACUCCAUGUAUCACAACAAGCACAUCUUCAAGGACAAAGUGGUUCUGGAUGUGGGAAGUGGGACGGGGAUCCUGUCCAUGUUCGCCGCCAAGGCUGGAGCGAAGCACGUCUACGGGAUUGAAUGUUCCAGUAUAUCAGAGUACUCAGAGCGGAUCAUCAAGUCCAACCACCUGGACAGCGUUAUCACCAUAUUCAAAGGAAAGGUGGAGGAGGUGGAGCUUCCUGUGGAGAAGGUCGACAUCAUCAUAUCUGAGUGGAUGGGCUACAGCCUGUUCUACGAAUCCAUGCUCAACACCGUCAUCUUUGCAAGGGACAAGUGGCUGAAGGCUGGUGGACUGAUGUUUCCAGACCGAGCCUCCCUCUAUGUGUUGGCCAUCGAAGACAGGCAGUACAAAGACUUCAAAAUACAUUGGUGGGAGAACGUGUACGGCUUUGACAUGACCUGCAUCCGAAACGUGGCCAUGAAGGAGCCGCUGGUGGACGUGGUGGACCCCAAGCAGGUGGUGACCAACUCCUGCCUGGUCAAGGAAGUGGACAUCUACACAGUGAAACCUGACGACCUCUCAUUCACCUCGGCCUUCUGCUUACAAAGCCAGAGGAACGACUACGUCCACGCUCUGGUCACCUACUUCAACAUCGAGUUCACCAAGUGUCACAAGAAGACUGGAUUCUCCACAGCUCCAGAUGCUGCGUACACACACUGGAAGCAAACCGUUUUCUACCUGGAGGAUUAUCUCACCGUGAGGAGAGGAGAAGAAAUCACUGGCAGCUUCACAAUGAAGCCCAAUGAGAAAAACAUACGUGACUUGGACUUCACUUUUGAACUGGACUUCAAAGGGCAGCUGUGUGAGGCAGCAAUCUCCCACGACUACAAGAUGCGUUAGAUUGGACAGCGGCGUCCUGCAGACAGCAACAUGGAGGACGAAGACGCAGAUUCCUGAGGACAGACGGACGCACAGUGGGACGGGACAGGCAUCAUCAUGCCCUGUGAUGGAGAUGAUAAAAGUGAGACUUUGUUAUGUAAGGAGAGCAGGAAAUCAUUUUUGCAGACUGUUAAAAUUCUGAAUGUAAAACAAACAGGUCAGUGAUACUUUCUAGCACUGAUGAAUGUUACUGAUGAUAAUCGUGUUCAUGUGAGACGGAGUGCUGUUCCUGUAGAAUGUGGUCUGUAUUUGCUCAUUACUAAACAGCGCCUAUAAAAAGUAUUCACACCCUGGGUGUUUUGCCCUUCUUGUGCUAAUUUCACAAAACAAUCAUGAGCAACAAAAUUAGGCUCUUUUGACAAAAACUUUAAUGUGAAAAAUUAUUUCUACAAUAAUGACAAAAACAUAACAUCAGUGUUGUGCACCGCUAACAAAAAAUGAGCUGCUAACCCUAAAGCACUAACUAGUUCUGCUAACGCUAAGCGCUACACCACCACAGUAUUUAGCAGAAGCUAAUGAAUACUGAAGUACUAAAUUCAGUUAAAUUGUUGAAACUCAUGCUCUAGAAUCCCCCUGGAUAUUAUGUUUAUAGCUUGUUUUGUUUUGCUGUAUCUUAUUUUGUUCCUGUAUGCUACUUAUUUUAAAUAAAGCUACGGAAGAAGAAAGCAGAAGAGCCGAACAUGAAGAGGAAACGGAACUGCUGCGUAAACACAGGUCACCCCCUUCAAAAUAAAGGGGGUGCUGUGGGUUUGACAACCAAAGCCACAACACAAAUUUCAAACUUUAUUUAAUCGAAAGUAUAUAAAAACAUUAAAUUAGCACCUUAGACUUUAUCUGGAAACAAUAAGCUGGGGAAGUUAAAUGCACUAAAUGAUUUCAAAGUUAGCAAAAACAUGUUUGUAGAUUAGCACAAGUUUUCCCUCUAAAUACUUUUCAAUUUGACAUCAAAGAGUUUCUUUUUGUCAAAAAAAGAGAGAAAACAUUUGAUGAUCAGAAUUAAUUAAAAGCAAUAAGAAGGUAAAACAUCCAAAGGGGUGAAUGCUUUUUCCAGGCACUGUAGUUUGACUCUUUCCUCCAUAUGCUGUUUUGGGUUUACAGUGAACUACAUCAUUAAAUUUAGGUACGAUUGUCAUGUUAUGCACUGCAGCAGCUGACUGAAUUGAAACCGUUUACAUUUGUGAAAGUUUAGCAAUAGUGGGUAACAUGUCAGUAAGUGAAAAGUGCAGCCAAGGAUGAGCAAGCACAGAAAAUGUGGUUGUUCUACUUCCUGUUCCUGUCUUUGUGAGUGAGCAGCUUGUGGUGACCAAGCCCCCAUCGUGCCACAUAUAGAACUUUGUUUGUGGCUUUUAGUUUGAGCUGUGAAGUUGUCCAAUUUCUGACAUCAUUUCUCGAUCACACAGUGGGGACAACAAGUAUUGAACGCAUGUUUUUCCUCAUUAAACAUGCGUUGAAUGAGGAAACCAGAUGUUGUAAUGUAAUGACACAGGGAGUAAAUGCUUAUGGAAGCGUUUGAUCACUUUUUCUGUGGGUUUCAAUUGGAGCAUUUUAUUUUUAAUUCCUUCUUUUACCACAUCCAUGUGUUGACAAUGUGUCCCACACCAUGAUACUGCCACCUCCAGACUUCACGGUUGUUUUUUCAGGUGAUGCGCAGCGCCACUUCUCUUUCAAACAUGGUGCGUUCAGUGACAGAGUUCAGUUUGGGCCUCUUCUCUCAGUAUUCCACUAACUUUUUACAUUUUAAAGGCGCCUAAACUUGUUUCUUUGGCAGAGGAGUUUUGCACCACAGUCUGCAUUCAGGACAUUAUGGCUGAAAGCAGCACUACUUAUUGUUCUCAUGGUGAAUGCUAACUCCAGUCUCUGGUUUUUGGUUAACCCUGUCAGAGGUCGAAGGAGGAGCACUAUGUCAACAUUUAGCCACUGUAAGGUUGGAAAUGUCAUGAGAAAACUCAUAUCCUUCACCCAUCAUUAAAUGCUUCUUGUGCAAUACUUUGAUGUUCAAGAAUCAAGAUGUUCACAUGAACUAAAAAACCUAAUUUGCACCGAUAGGGAUACGAUGUCUUGGCUUUCCAUGCCUUUUUGCUACUUCAACUUUAUAACUUGGAGACUAAUUUGUCUGGACUUCAGUGUUUGUGUGGAUUACAGCUACAGACAUCUGGUUCAUAUUCCAUGUUAGUAACCCCAUAAGAAAUAAAACGGAGAAGCCACAGCUCAUUUAUCCUGCUGUAAAUGCCUCCACACAUUAACUUAGAUUUUUUUAUUUCCUCGUUUAGAAUUAGCUUUAGUUAAAACAACCAACAUUUCUUUCAAAUUUGGGUCAAAAUGAUCCUGAAUAAGAACUUGCAACAUUUUACCAUCUUAGCAACUCGGAUAAAAACAUUUGCUGGAGGACUUCUGAGGCGAUGCAACAAAAACAAACGUUUGUAGUUUAUCACAAAUCCUGGAUCCAUUUCACCGGAGCUCUUAAGGUCAUUGCCAAGAUUUCAACAAGCUUUUUUAUUUAAUAAAUCGGUUGAUCUAAAUCAUCCUGAAGGAAAAAGUGUUGCUUGGUCAACCAGAUGUUGGACAGUGACGGUUUUGAUAUGGGCUACGCGGCUCUUCACCCAGGGCGCCAUCACAUUGAGGAAUCCAGGAGCCUGGAAUAAGUUUUCCAGGUGUUUUCUUGCCCAUUUGAUGGGAAAUUGAAGCAUCUCUCUGUUAUCAAGGCUCUGCUGCAGAAAUGAAAUAAUUUGACAAAUUCUAGCUUUUAAAAAUUAUUUUAUAUUUUAAAGGUUAACAUGCCAGCAAAUUGAUAAGAGAAGGAUUAUGAUUAUUAUGAUGAACUAUAUUAAGUAAAUAUAUAGGAGUACUGGCAUGAGAAGAAAAGCAGUUUGAGUCUUGAUUUGCUGUUUUUGGGUUAUACCAAUAUAAUCUGGUACGUCAACUGAACUUUUGGCAUUUAUUUUUAUAUUUUGUCACAUGACCUAAAGCUGGAAUAAACUUGUUUAAACUUA